AUGCCCCAGAGCUACCCCACCCAGCCACUGGAUAGUUCCAAAGCUAUCAACGGCCUGCCAACGCUCAACGUCAUUCCCGAAGCUGUCUAUUUCCAGUCCGGAGCCGCUCUUAUGCGCAAGGCGCCCUAG